AUGGAAGGAUCCGGAACAGAUGAUCCCUACUCGUGGGGCGUUGAAGAUGCUGUUCAACAGCUUUGUGCUCCCGGGUGCCCGUGGAGUCGAGAUCCUGACUCUCUAGCUGCGCGCCUUCGUGAAGAGGAAAUUGACGGCAAAACGUUACUGACCUUUGAGCACGUAUGCUCACGCCAGGAGUUGAUGGAGUGUUUGGGCGUCAAAAUUGCUCGUCACAAAGCCGCUCUUGUGGAACUCAUUGUCACACUUCGAUCCCAGAGUAGGGGCUAUUGGCAAUGGCAACAAGAUUUCAAGCGAAAGAAUUCCAGUUUUUGUGAUGAGCAAGCCCAAGAGCUCACUGAGGGUACCGCAGAAUACGCCCAUUCACCAAGUGGUGGCCGCCAGAAACAAAAUGAGAUAUUCACGCCAGCUUCGGUUUCGAACGUGGGACAGCACAAUGCGGAGGAGCGAUCAACUCAACAAGAAGAUACGAGCGCAAAACAGAUACCGACGCUUCAAAAAGAUGAACAGCCCACUGCCGUCGAAGAUUCUCGUCUAUCGCCCACUCGUGAGACUCCCAACCAAGAGACUGGCGAGAGGUCUGUUAAACGCAGACGCGUGGCGCCUACACUUCUAACAGAGAAGCCACGUGACGUUGCAGCUGCCUUUAUUCCCACAGAAGCUGACGUUCUUCGUUACUCAUUCCCUGAAGAUCCCUAUCCUUGGGAGAGUGCACCAGUCUAUGCUUACCUGGGCGAUGGCAUGAUCCCGCAGGAAACAAUCACGUCAACUGAGGGCAAAUUGUCUUCUCUAGUUCGAGAACACCAUGAAUCUUUCGAUGUGAACAGCCUGCACAUGAUCCCAGCUGGAAGAAGGCUUGUUGCCAAUAGGACUCUUAAACGGCUAUUCACAGGUCGUCAUCCAAUAUCCAGACAUUUUUCAUCAUCCCCUAAUCGCUCCGAUCCGUCAGACAAGAUCUAUGAGCUUGCGGAUCUUGGCGCCGAAGACUUUGACGACGAGACACGGAGAGAAAUCGAGGAGGAAGAACUGGAGAGAGAACGGCUUGAAACUCUUUCCCAGGAAGCCUGGCCAGAUCCAUUUGUCUCCGCCGAGCGAGUCGCCGAGAUUUUGAACGAAGCCAUCGAAGUUGUUGAAGCAAACUGGCGAGAGAGGAAGCUCCCGAAAUAUGAGCGAAAGGCUUAUAGUUUAUGGCAGAAAUCUCGACGACAUGGGACAAGGAAACUGCAAAUCCGCAGAGCACAUGAAACGGCUACGCAUCUCAUUGGUCGUAUCCAAAAACUAUGCCUUGAAAUACAGAAGCAGGAUUGGACGUCGGAAUCUCCCUACCGUGAUGCAGCCAAAAGUCUUGAACAGAGUCUGGAAGACAAGAUGUAUCAGACAUGGCUGAUCAAGAUACUUGAGUCCUCGAGACCACCCCCGAAGCCACAAGCCACCACCAAGCCAAAGCCACCCACCGAGCGUCGAUCUAGCGGUUUUCUCCAAGAGGAAGUCCUUACAAGCUCUGACGAAGACGAGUUUGUUGUUCCUGACCAAGCUGAUUUAAUCGAAGAAGGCUCGAGGGAACAUCAGGUCUCUCCAAUUCCCAUUUUGAAGGAAGAGCCUAUGGACCUAGAUGCCACAUUUGUGGAUCUAACACAGGAUGAUUCGGACGACCACGAUGGCUUCGACUUGACUCAGCCUAUUGACCUGACCACUCCAGUUAAAAAGGCUAGCAAAGCUUGGCCCGAAGAGAUGCAGAGAGAGAAUGUGGCGCAAGACGUUCCUGGAACUGUCAUCCUUGACGGUGAUAUAUCCGAGCCUGGUGUUGCCGAGACUCAACCUCCGGAGAAUCCUGACUCUGAGAGCCGUGACGUCGAAAAGAAAGCCGAUUCGAUUCCACCAAAAAAGUCUCCGUAUCCCUCCGACUCUACCAAUCUCGAACUUCCCCCUAUUGAAAAUUUCGGUGAUCUCCAAAAAUUCGCCUUGGCAUCGCUCUACAAACUAGCUAAGAGCAGUGACCGUUGGCGAUUGUUGAUUGGUGAGAUAUGGCAAAUGGAGCAUCGUCGGAGAAAGGCAGCAUUCGAUUUGAUUCUAUCGGAUGAACCUGGUGUGGUCUGGUCAAAGGAUAUUGUUCCUUACCUCGAUGCACCAGUAAACAACAGGCAAGAGCUAGAGCAAGACAGCUUCAGAGCGGCUCUUUUCGAUGUUGCACGCCUUUGCAAUUGUUUCUUCCUGUGCCAGCACAAAACAGAUGAGCAGAUGCUCUACAUGAAACCUUCUAAGAUCAAGAAGCGCAUUAUGAGACCACAGUCACGCCUCAACAUUUUCGAGCCAUUCUCCCUUUUUGUGAAGCUACUAGCGUCACACAUCCCUCAAGACAGCCAAAUCUACAACACACAAGAAACAGAUAUCCUCGAUGAUCUCUUCCCAGAAGAGGACGAUUUGGACGAUGUGGAUGACCUGGACGAUGUUGACGGAGAGGAAGAUCGAGGGCGACAGCGGCCAAAAGAAAAGGAAAUCAUCCGCGACAAAGACGCUGUCGAUCUCCGUGAACGGGAAAAACAGAGAAUCCAAGAGCAAGAACUUCGCAGGGCCAAAUUGCGGGCAACACUUGCUUCGCAGCCUUUGGCCCCUGGUGAUGGAAACCGCAUCAUUAUAAACGAAAGCAAAGAAGAGGAUCAAGGCCUGAUCUAUGUCAAUGAACACAUUGCACGUAGUAUCAAGCCACAUCAAGUCGACGGUGUUCGCUUCAUGUGGAACCAGAUCGUGCGUGACGCUAGCGUUCGGCAAGGUUGCUUGCUUGCUCAUACAAUGGGACUUGGCAAAACAAUGCAAGUCAUCACUGUUCUUGUUGCCUUAGCGGAGGCAUCAGAAUCUCAAGAUCCAUCUGUAGUCGCUCAGAUUCCCGCGGAUUUGAGAAAUUCACGCACGUUGGUUCUUUGCCCGGCCUCACUUGUGGACAACUGGAUGGAUGAACUUUUGAAGUGGGCUCCAGUGCAAGCACUGGGUGAAUUGCGUAAGGUCACAUCGAGUACACCAAAGCGUGAAAGAUCAUCUACAGUCACAGCAUGGGCUUCUGGCAAGGGAGUCCUGUUGGUAGGCUACAAUAUGUUCCAAAUACUUCUUGCCAUGUCUGAAGAAGUGUCGAGUCUCCUGACCGACCGUCCCGAUGUGGUUGUUUGUGACGAGGCACACGCCCUGAAAAAUGACAAAUCGAAAAUCCACCUUGCAUGUUCAAACUUCAAGACCAAGAGCCGUAUUGCACUGACGGGAUCACCUCUAUCCAACAACGUGCUGGAGUAUUUCGCCAUGAUUGAUUGGGUUGCACCCAAGUUCCUCGGGCCCUAUCAAGAAUUCCGUGAAAUCUACUCUAUUCCGGUGGAGCGAGGUCUGUACCACGACAGUACGGCCUAUGACAAGAGGAGGGCCCAGAAGGUAUUGAAAGCACUGGAGCAGAUGGUGACACCAAAGGUCCAUCGUUGCACUAUCGCCGUUCUCAAAGAUGACCUGCCGCCAAAGCAGGAGUUUAUCCUCUUUGUACCACCCACAGAGCCCCAGAAGCAAUUAUACCAAUUGUACAUCAAGGGCGUAACUAGGGGAGGCAGUGACAGUCAGGCUGACACCUUUGCUGCCAUCAACCACCUGGGGCUAAUUUGUAGUCAUCCUAAGUGUUUUCAAGCGAAGAUCAAGAAAAUCCAAAAUGGCGUCUCAAGCAGUGAUGACGAGGAGAAGAUGACUGACAAAUCCUUCCCCAAGACCAUAAUUCCCGAGUUCAUGAAGACGCUACAGUCAUUUAGAGAUAUAAGUUCUCCGGCUUUCUCUUGGAAGACGGAAUUAUUGACAACCAUUCUCAACGAAGCGCGCGAAGUCAAUGACAAGGUUUUAAUUUUCAGUCAAUCCUUGGAUACACUGGACUACCUCGAGAACAUGUGUAACAUGCAGAGAAGAGCAGCGAUCCGACUGGAUGGCAAGACCCGAGUGGGAGCCCGACAACAACAAGUCAAAAACUUCAACCAAGGUAGCAAAGAGGUGUUCCUCAUCUCCACAACUGCUGGUGGUGUCGGUCUUAAUAUCCAAGGUGCCAACAGGGUCGUCAUUUUUGACGUCAGAUAUAACCCUGCCCAUGAGCAACAAGCCGUGGGCCGCGCAUAUCGUAUAGGGCAGCAGAAAAAAGUCUUCGUGUACCGCUUCAUGGUUGCUGGUACCUUUGAGGAGAACCUCAACAACAGACAAGUGUUCAAAAUGCAACUUUCAUCUCGGGUGGUGGAUAGAAGGAACCCCAUCAGUUGGUCAAAACGCAAAGGCGAUGUUGUGACCGAAAUCAGGCACCAUCCAGCGUCCAGUCUUGAUCCUUAUGUCGGCAAGGACCAGAUCCUAGACAAACUCAUCAAACUUGGAGAGAAUGGCGAGGCAAUUCGUUCCAUUGUUUCAACAGACACCUUUGAGGAGGAGGAUGUGAGCGCGACUCUCACAGAGGAAGAGAAAAGGGAAGUGGAAGAAAUGAUCAAGCGGAGUCAGCUUCGACUUUCUAACCCUGAGGAGUAUGCCAGACUCAAAAACAGAGAGGGCGCCGCUUUGAUGGAACAUCCUCGGCUUUCCAGGGAGCAGGAGGAGUCCUCUCGCCCGACUUCGCCCCAGCAUGCACAUCGAUCGUUUGAUGGGGCGUCAGACAUACCUGGCGACGCUCCUCUUCCCUCGACCUCUUCACCACCCACACAUUCCCAACGGGACUUGCCAGACACCACCAGACCGCCUACGCUUCCCAGUCAGGGCCCGGCUCCUAUGCCAAUGGCUGGUGCGAACACGUUUUUUGGGGAGCAUCGUUCCCGUGAAACUACCAUUGCGCAAAACGCAAAAUCGGAUUCAGGUUCCCGCGGGCUUGCACAGUCGCUGCCGCCUCAGGGCCUGUCAGUCGGAUCGCCAAAGAUCACGCAGUUGACCAACACAUUGCUGAACAGCCCGGCGAACCGAAGGCCCAUGUCGAUGGAAAAUCAUGGGAUGCAGUCAUACACCAGUGCUAUUCCUAAGCUGAAUGGGGUGUUUAGUGUAACCGAUAUUCCCGCAAGGACCGAUUUCGAGGCGACUUUGCGGAAAGGCAUUCAGAAUUUACAAGCGCGCAAUGUGCCGCUAGCGACAGGAGACCCAUCUCAGCUCGCCGGAGCUCUGACUAGAAGAAUCGACCAAAUCCGUAAGGAGGCUCAGUUUGGUUUGAUGCCUGAUACGAGACACUGGAAAAUACUCAAUGGGCUCAUAUCCCAUGAAAAGGUUGUGGCAGCCAUAAUAUCCGGUUCUGUUAGCUCGGAAUUUCUGGCUCGAGCUGAAGCAAAAGAAUUGGAACAGCGGGUUGAGACCAUUAAUGGACUUGAUGAAACUGAAAUCCCUGCUCGAGCGUUUGACAAAGUCAACUCUCCAGACCCAAUCGUAUGGAAACCCCGAUCUUGA